AAAUUUUCAUUUUUCAUUUUCCAUCCUAGGGGAAAAGUUACGUGAUAGAUGCCCAGACCUGGUGCACCAAGGUACUAGAGAGCGGCCGAGUGCGGACCCCGGCCGCCAAGCGAUAACGGGCCAAUUGCAGCUCGCCGUCGGCUCGUCGCGAUGGACCAAUUGCGAUCGCGCCGCAGGCCUUGUACUCCGUUCGAAACGCACGUGCGGAUCGCGGAACCGCGCGCACUCGAGUAGCGCGUCGCCUCGUGAUAGAGUCGGAUGUGGUCGUUCUUCGCCUUGACACCGGACGAACAGUCUUCAGGGGUGUGCUCGUGCGUGCUGUGAAUCGAAUUGGGACAAAGUCAUCGAGAAAGCGAUCGUGGCACUCGAGUUUCGCGCGGAAAAGAGUCGAGGGAAACUACAGCCCGCACGAGUCGUUAUCGUCGUCGUCGUCGUCGUCCCCGUUGCCCUUUUCAUCGUCAUCUACGAGGAAAUGGCAGUCGGCACGCAGAUCGACACGUCCGAGCGAGAGACCGGCAACGCGAAGAUCCCGUUGCUGAACAGCGGUCAGGAGCACGAGGCCACGGAAACGACCGAAAUAAAACAGAAGGCGGCGGAGGGCGGAAGUACGAGCACAGCAACGGAGAACGUCCUGGAAAAGGGAGAAGUUGAGGCGACGAAGGAAGGAGAGAAGGAGAAGGAUAAAGAUAACAAGAAUGAGAAGGAAACAGAUGCCGCUGACAAGGAAAAAGAUGCUGCGAACGAGCAAGAGGUCGUCUUUAUUCAGGAUAUGGGUUUCACUGUUAAGAUUGUCAGUCCGGGAUCCGAACCUUUCGAUAUCCAAGUUUCCAGCAUGGAACUUGUGCAGGAAAUCCAUCAAUUACUCAUGGACCGCGAGGACACGUGCCAUCGCACGUGCUUCUCUCUACAGCUAGAUGGUAAUACGCUGGACAAUUUCGCGGAGCUGAAGAACAUUGAGGGUUUAAAAGAUGGCUCGAUCAUCAAAGUAGUGGAGGAACCAUACACAAUGCGGGAGGCGCGUAUACAUGUGCGACACGUGCGCGACCUGCUGAAAUCUGUAGAUCCCGCGGAUGCUUACAACGGCGUCGAAUGUAGCAGUCUGUCGUUUCUUAAUGUCUUCACGAACGGUGACAUCCUGGAGAAGAAGAAGACCCGAGCAGACUCGGUCGAUUGCACCCCGCCCGAUUAUAUUAUACCCGGUAGCAAGGAUAGGCCCCUGCUGCCUCUGCAGCCGCAAGCGAAGGAGCAGAAGUGCCCACCAUGUCUUAAAGUCUUAACAACGUCAGGCUGGAAUCCACCGCCCGGUCACAGGAAGCUCCACGGCGAUUUAAUAUACUUGCACGUGGUCACGCUGGAGGAUAAGCAAUAUUAUCUGACCGCUUGCGCCAGAGGCUUCUUCGUUAACCAGUCAACCAAAGAGGUGUUUAAUCCGAAACCGGCCACUCCCAGCCAUUUGUGCCACAGCUUGAUCGAGCUACUGAAUCAGCUCAGUCCGGCGUUCAAGCGCGGGUUCGCCGCGAUGCAAAGGCGUAGAACUCAGAGGCAUCCGUUCGAACGAGUCGCCACACCGUAUCAGCUCUAUGCGUGGAGCGCACCGCAAAUCGAGCAUACGAUCGACGCGAUUCGCGCGGAGGACACUUUCUCCUCGAAGUUGGGAUACGAGGAACACAUCCCCGGCCAAACUCGCGACUGGAACGAGGAGUUGCAGACGACGAGGGAAUUACCGCGCAAGAAUCUGCCCGAGAGACUCCUGCGGGAGCGUGCGAUCUUCAAGGUGCACAGCGACUUCGUUGCCGCUGCGACCCGCGGCGCGAUGGCGGUGAUCGACGGUAACGUGAUGGCGAUCAAUCCCGGCGAGGAGGCCAAGAUGCAGAUGUUCAUCUGGAAUAACAUCUUCUUUUCUCUGGGCUUCGACGUGCGCGAUCAUUACAAGGAGCUGGGCGGCGACGCCGCGGCGUUCGUCGCGCCGCGCAACGAUCUACAGGGUGUUCGCGUAUACGCGGCCGUGGAUUUGCCCGGUCUCUACACCCUCGGCACCGUUGUCAUCGAUUACAGGGGUUACCGCGUCACCGCACAAUCCAUCAUACCGGGUAUAUUGGAACGCGAGCAAGAACAAUCGGUGGUCUACGGGUCGAUCGACUUCGGGAAAACGGUUCUCACGCAUCCCAAGUACCUCGAACUGCUGAACAAAGCUGGUCACCAAUUGAAGAUUUUGCCGCACAAGGUGAUCAACGACGCUGGCGAGGAGAUUGAGCUCUGCAGCAGCGUGGAGUGCAAGGGUAUCAUCGGUAACGAUUCGCGGCACUACGUGCUGGAUUUAUUAAGGACCUUCCCUCCUGAUGUAAAUUUCCUGAAACUCGAAGGAGUGGAGUUGAGCAAGGAGGCGCGUGCCUUAGGAUUCCCAGUCGAACACAAGCACAAGCUGGCUUGUCUGCGCCAGGAGCUAAUAGACUCCUUCGUCGAAGCUAGAUACGUUCAAUUCAUCAAACACGCUGCGGUGCAUCUGCAACAACUCACGUCAGCUAGAAGGUCUCAAAAGGAGAAGGAAGCGACGAAGGAGGACAAAAAAGAAGACUCGACAAUCGCGACCGUCGACAGUAACAAGGAGGAUUGCGCUCAGUCGCUGAUAGAAGCCGACGAGGCCAAGAAGAUCGUUGAGAGCAUCACUGACUCGAUCACGGGCGGCGAGAAGCAGGAGCUGGAAGAAAGCACAAAGGAGAUCGUACGCGGCGCUGCGUUGGCGGUGGGCAGUCUACGAGACGCCGAGUUCGACGUUAGAUUUAACCCGGAUGUGUUCUCGCCCGGCGUCGAGCAUCCCGACGCCAACGGAGCCGAUUUGAAGAAGCAGAAGCAGCUGGUGAAGGAUGCCGCGGACUUUCUGCUUAUGGUGCAAUUACCAACGUUUAUCCGGGAGUGUCUGGAUCACACAGCGGCCGCUAUGGACGGCAGCACGCUGGUGGAGGCUCUGCACGGCCGAGGCAUCAACGUUCGCUAUCUCGGUAAAUUGGCUGCCAUGCUGGCCGCGGUGCCGCAGCUGCAGUACCUGCAUCGCAUCGCCGUGUCGGAACUGAUCUUGAGAUCGGCCAAGCACGUCUUCACCUCCUACAUGCAGGGUACGGAGUUGAUGAGCCUGUCCGCGGCUGUCAGUCAUUUUCUGAAUUGUUUACUGUGCUCGGCGCAGAUCAUUCAUCCGCAGCAAAAUCUUGAAGAGCUGCAGAGCAAGACCGCGAAACGUCGCAACAAACGUAAAGGCAGGAGCAACGGGCCGCAACAGUCCGAGGUAGAAUGGGCCUCGCUGACACCAAGAUCGUUGUGGCAGCAGAUCAAAGCAGAUUUGAAAGCCUAUUACGACUGGGAGACGCCGUGCCCGGAAUCCCUGGACGCGACGAUAGAGCACUUCCAUCUGCAAAAGAUUUCGCUGCUACGCGGUUUCUGCAUCAAGACGGGCAUACAGAUACUGCAGCGCGAGUACAACUUCGAGAACAAGAACCGAGCGACCUUCUUUGAGGAGGACAUAAUAAACAUCUUCCCCGUCGUCAAGCAUAUCAAUCCCAGAGCUAGCGACGCGUAUAAUUUUUAUACCACUGGUCAGAGUAAGAUACAACAGGGAUAUUUGAAGGAUGGAUAUGAACUAAUUAGUGAAGCACUGAACCUUCUGAAUAACGUUUACGGUGCUAUGCAUCCUGAAAUAGCGCAAUGCCUUAGAAUGCUGGCAAGGUUGAAUUAUAUAAUGGGUGAUCACGCAGAGGCGCUCGGUACUCAACAAAAAGCUGCUCUAAUGUCGGAGAGGGUCAACGGAAUUGAUCAUCCCUAUACCAUCACAGAAUACAUACAUCUCGCCUUAUAUUCCUUCGCUAACGGGCAGGUAUCCGUAUCAUUAAGAUUAUUGUACAGGGCGCGUUACCUGGCGCUCUUAGUUUGCGGCGAGGAUCAUCCGGAAGUUGCCCUUCUCGACAGCAACAUUUCUCUCAUCUUGCACGCGGUCGGCGAAUAUGAACUAUCGCUGCGCUUCCUGGAGCAUGCGCUAGCGCUGAACCUGCGUUACCACGGUCCGCGUUCGCUGAAAGUCGCGGUGUCGUAUCAUCUGGUGGCGCGCACGCAGUCAUGCAUGGGCGACUUCCGCGCGGCGCUGAACAACGAGAAGGAGACGUACGCGAUAUACAAGCAGCAACUCGGCGAGGAGCAUGAGAAGACGAAGGAGAGCAGCGACUGCCUACGUCAUCUGACCCAGCAGGCGGUUGUGCUGCAGAAGAAGAUGAACGAGAUCUACACGGGCAAGUCGGGCGUGAGCCUGCCGCCGAUUCAGGUGCAGCCGCCCAGCAUGGGCUCGGUGCUGGACAUGCUCAAUGUCAUCAACGGUAUCCUCUUCGUGCAAAUCAGCCAGCAAGACAUCGACAAUUUCAAGGCGGAGAUUGAGAAGCGGCAAAAGGAACAGUCGCCGGACGGCAGCGAGACGACCCUGAAGAUCACCGAGAAAGAUAUCAAGAAAGAAGACAAGAACGAGGACAAAAAGGAUGAUAAGAAAGCCGACCAAGAGAUCAAGACGUCUACGAUAGAAGAGGAGACGGUGAAGGUUGAGCCAGCGGAGACGAAGAAGCUGGAGGCCGACAAAGCAGACGCGUUGGAGCCAAUUGUCGCGGCGGAGAGCUGAGCCUUUCGCACGUCGGCGAAGAAACCUUAGUAGUCUUUCCUUUUUCAUUUUUAAGCCUGUCCUCCCUCUCUCCUUCCGUGAAAGACGACUUCGCGCGAGAUCGAGGAUCGUCGCGUAUGUACACGUGAUAUAUACUUGCACUGUUUUCGUCGUGCUUUUUGACUGUGCUCGCACGCAGUCGGGCUGCACGAGACCCGAGAAGAAACGAAACGAGACGCAGAGUCGUCGUCGUCGUCGUCGAUGCAUUGCAUGCUUGCUAAAUGGCAGGAGCGUUGAUUAUUCAACAGCGAUGGAAUUCGCACGCGAAACGCGCACACGCUCACACACGUUGUAAUAACCGAGUGUACAUAAUAGACAAACAAAGGUGCCAUGUCGUCGUUUUAGUCCCCAACGUGAGCGUGUUACGGAUUUGCGCGAUCAUUUUUCUAAAAGUUCAAAUUGUUCGUCGUGUCGAUGGCAACCGAUCCAUGGACCUCGAUCGCUGCUCCCUCUUCGUUUGCGGAUCUUUGUUACGCGCCUCGAAGCUAAACGGCACAACGCGUGUCACGCUCUUCCGACACCAGUCUUAGGCACACCAAAGAACGUUCUUUCCUCGUGUUCCACAACGAUGCCCAUAGGAUCGGUCGCCAACACUUUCGUGGCUGUAGCGACGUGCUGCCGCAUCCUCUUGGCAACUCGAUAAAAAGAACGCGUGAUAGCACCCUUAGACUGAAGCGAGUUCGCGGCGCGCUCUUUUUAUUAAGUUGCCAAGAGGAUGCGGUGGCACGUCGCUACAUCCACGACAAGGCGACAAGUCGGUUGCUACCGUCGCCUACUUCUUCGCGACACCAGUGAUCUUCGUGUGGGGACCUUGCAGUACGCUGCGCGGUAUCAGACUCGCCUUUAUCUAGUGCUUCUUCUCCAUUUGCAGCUUCUUGCGCUCCCCUUGACUCAACACGGUGACGGCGCGCCUCCUGUUCUUCGACACGAGCACUGGUGAGAUCGAUAUUACCGCCUUCGACUCAAUCCUGCACCAACACGUUCAUCGUCCUGCCAGCCAGCGCGUGGUUCCCCUUGGCGCUCCUGGUGCGGAAGUGUUUAAAAUGCGAUCAGAAAUUCGUAACUCCGAAACUCGAAGUAGUUUCUUCCUUGUACUACUUUUAUGAUCGUACCGUCGUGGACAAAAAGUCCAAGUCGGAGUGCGUAAAAUGAUCUUUGCGUGCCUUGUCGACCUUGCCGUCCAUGACGGUACGUCUUUCUCUUUUUUUUUUCUGGCGAGAUUCCGUGCUGUCUCUGUGCCACCCUCGUUAUUCCAUUUUAAUUAUCACCAAUAAUAAGAAAAACAGAUAAA